AUGUUCGCUCCUUCAGAUCUGAUUGAAAUAUUUCUAUUUAAGAUACAACGAGCAUCACAACCAGAGUCUUCAUUGAAUAACUAUAACAAUCAUUUCCAUAUUCAACCUGUUACAAACGAAUUUUACGACAAUCAUAAUUAUUCGUGUUCCACAACGAUUCAUCCAAUAGAACCUACCGAUCACCAAGUAUCACAUUCACAUUAUAUUGAAAAAAUGAUACCCAAUAGUCAACACCCAACAACUUCAUCUCACAUCGAACCACUGGAAACAUCUUCUUCAUCAGACCUGCUUGAGCAGCCCUCUUCUCAAACAUCCACUAAUAUUCAUGAAGAAGAAAUAUCGAACCAUCAUGAAGAUUCCGAUGAAAACAACGCUCAACAUGAGUCUACUGAGGAAGAAAUUCCAGUAACACAAACUGAAACUAACGCUUUGUCUGCUAAAUCAGAACAUACAGCCAAUGAAUUAUCAACCUCAUUACCUGAUAUUGCUACAGAAACACUUGAUCAAAACGAACCUGAUGAUGUUCUCGGAAACAGCUCUCUACUAAAACAAACAAUCACACCAGGAACUAUUGAUACUCGCCCACUUCGCAAUACUCUUGCGACAGUCUCAUAUAAAUUAUAUUUAGUCGAUGAUCUGACCAAAGAUUCUCGUUUGAUCGAAACGGUCACUAACGAAAGUUUCUUUAUUGCUGAAUAUGAAAUCUUACCAGCUAUUGAUAUUGUCAUUCAAUUAAUGGAUCGUGGUGAACAUGCAUUAAUUGAUUCUGAUGUUCGUCAUUGCUAUGGUGAAAAUGGUUGUGAAGAAAAACAAAUUCCGCCAGUCACAUCAACAAGUCCUUAUCGAAUGAGAAUUGAAUUAGAGCUUAUUGAUUGGAAAGAUGCACCCGAUAUCUCGACAUUGCCAAUAAACGAAAGACUUCAAUGGAGUGAUAAAAAACGUCAACGAGGAAACUUCUGUUAUCGUCGAAAGGAUUACGCGUCCGCUCUUCAAUCUUACCGCAAUGCAUUGAAAUUCUUAGACAUCGAACAGAAUCCACUACUAGAAGAAGAAGAAAUUCAAUCUGCAACCAUAAUUGAACGAUUUGUUCAAGUGCAGAAUAAUCUUGCACAAGUUUAUCUUUUGAAUAAUCAGUAUGAACAAUGUUUGGAAGCGGUCAAUGCUGUUCUGAAACACGACUCGAAAAAUGUCAAAGCACUGUUUCGACACGGAAAAGCUUUGUUUGAACUAGGAAACUAUGAUGAAGCAGUUCCGCCGUUAAGAUCACUGUUACAGAACCCGAGUAAAGAUGUGGAGAAGGAUAAAGUGACAGAAAUGUUGAAGAUUUGUGAAACGAAAUUGGCAAAAUACAAAAAGAAUGAAAAAGAAAUCUACACGAAAAUGUUUCAAUCAAAAACCCCAUCCUCAACAACAACAGCAGCCGUACUUGAAGAAAAGAAAUCGCCAAAAAAACCUGUCGAAAAGGUUGCGACGAAGACAAAAAGUAACAAUAAUUGGUGGACGUAUGUCGCAAUGGGUAGUGCUGUCGUAGCUGCGGUGGGUCUUGAAAAACCGGAGCAACCAGCGAUUUGGUCAAUUGUCUUUUUCGUUGUGCUUCUUCUUGCCAUUAUAUUCUUACCAUUUUUUCAGCCAAUUUAUACUCGUCACACAUCUGAAAAAUGGCACCGGUAUUAUUUAUGGAAUUCAACUUGGAAAAGAUUUCUGAUUGGUUUAAGCCUAUCAAUCGCUUAUUACAUUUAUUUGUUCUCAUUAUCUGCUUCUACAGCAUGGAAUAUGUUCACAUUUAGUUUUCAUAGCUUUAUAUCAUUAUUUGCAUUACUUUUUUCGCUCUUUAUCACAUGUACUGGUCUACCGUUGGUGAAACUUCCAUCGACGAAGAUAUCGUCCUCCACGAAGUUCUCAAGUCUACUUUGGAUUGUGAGCAAAAAUCUUAUGUAA